AUGAUUCAUAACAAUUGUCUGUCAUUUGGUGUUUUUUCAGUGAUAAUUUUUCUUGGUGGCCAUAAAACGCGAAACACGCACAGUUAGUUAACCUUGAAACAAAACACGGCCAAAGAACAGUGCAAAGUUUUUAAGCACUUCCGCUUUAAGCGCGAAUAGAAACGUAGUUAGCUAUGGAUUUCGUACCGUUCGUGCUCACUGCUGGUAUUGUAUGUUUCCUCCUUUACUGGAUGGUGAAGUGUUGCUGCACGAGGCGCACUAGUCAGGGUGCGGUGAUAGCAACACCCAUCGUGAUAACCUCGGAAGUUCAUCGUGUUACACCGGGUACUAUCCAAGCCGGACCUUCUGGUGCGAUCAUUCAGGGACAUUCGACUGGAACGGCAGCGUACCCGGUGGUUCCGAAUGCCUAUUCAACACAACAUCCGGCACCAUUUCCCGCACAACCGUACAUGCAACAUUACCCACUACAAACAUCGGGCGCACCAUCGCUACCCCCGCAGGAACAUACUGCUGCCCCUGUACAGUUUCCGGCUCUUCCUCCGCAAUUACAAUACCCUGCACCACCAGCGGCAUCUGCACCUCCACCCGGUCCUGCUGUAGGUGCUGCGAUGGUUAACCCCCCGAGCUACGAUCAGGUGGUGUCUGAGGCAUACCCUGCCCAAGCACCGUACAAUCCGAACUAUAAAGGUUAACAUAACUAUUGAAGAUUAUUCGAAAUGCAACUUAAAAUCAGGUUAAGGGUGGAACAGGAAAGGAAAGCAUUUUAAGACCGUGGAAUCCUACCUUCCAAAGCCAGCGACUUCCAGUUCUUCCCUGGAAUGUAUUAGACUGUACUGUGUAAGUAACUGUUAAGAUGUCACUUCCAGUAAUAGUGCGUGAUGUUAUUGCAUCAAAUCCGUGGACGUGUCAUGGAGUAGAAUACUCGUAAACUAGUUUCGUUAAUGAAUGCGAAGAUUUAUUAAAGGUUUAAGCUUAAAGUCAGUUUAUGAGAUCGAUCAAAAAAUAAAUAUAUACACUUAAAGUUGAAAUGGUGGGUGUUUGAUAAUACACGGAAGAACUAUACCAGCUGUCACAAACAAAACUAUGUUAGAAUCCGGCCAGAAAAUAAUAGUUGCGUUAUUUUA